GCGCGCGUCGGCUACGCUUAGCCUAUACAUCAGCUUUCAUUGAACCCUGAUACUGACACGGGGAAACCGGGGAAAGGGAACUGGCUUUCUCACUGGAGCUGAGCCGAUCUGCAGGGGGCAUCCUCGCCUGCCAGUGGAAUCACUCUCGUACACCGCGUCUCUCCCAAGCUGUGCAAUAGAACCAUACGGCAUUUCCUGCACACGCUAGCACUCGCGUUUAGGCGGAUAGAGAGGGGGAGGAGAGUGAGCAGAAGGGAGUGCGAGAGAGAGAGAGAGAGUUAAGCGCAGGGAGCGAGUGAGGUCUUGUGUCUCCCUUGCCGAUAGUAAAUCUAUCUGGUAGCCUACUGAACGCACAUUGGGGUAUGAGAAAGGGAUUGGGGAAACAAUAGAACGCACGGACCCUUUUAUUCUGCGUUCGAACCAAGAAAAGGCAGCCCGAUUGUGGCUUGGAGAGGGAUUAAGUGUGUUCUCAAAUCAGUAUAAAACGGAUGUAUGCUCCAGAGGAGAGCGAGGACUGAAGUUGGAUUCUGAAACGAGAAGAGGAAAAACGUUUUUAUUUGUUUCAGCAACACGCAUAACAAGGUGAAGGUGCGACCUCUGUGCCGCCGGUCGCGUUUGGAGCACCAUGAUUCUGCCUUGUUGGAUGGCGUUGGCAUUACUCCCGUCGCUACUGGGGGAGACUGCACUGGGCCAAAGAUGGACUCCCUCCCUAGAGAAGAGGAGACCGGUCGACAUGGAGGGAUCAAGCAACGAUGAAUUCUUCGACGAUGAGGACCUCUUCUCAGGAUCAGGCUCAGGCUUUCCAGAGACGGAGGUGAGGCCCACAGGUGUGGGAGUUACCUUCGUCACAGAAGAGCCCCUCCCUCUGUCCACCACCCAGGCCACCUCUCCCGCCCCCUCUGCUCCGCCCGCCGCCGAGCCCAGCAACACUCCCGUCUGGAGCCCGAGUGGGGAGAGCGAAGGAACGUGGGAGCUGGAGAAAGAAAGAGAGGCAGAGAGAGAAAGGGAAAAAGAGCUAGAAAGAGAGAGGGAACGGGAGAAGGAGAGAGAACGGGAGAAGGAGAGAGAACGGGAGAAGGAGAGAGAACGAGAGAAAGAGAGAGAACGAGAGAAAGAGAGGGAACGAGAGAGGGACAGGGAACGGGAGAGGGAGAGAGACCGAGAGAGGGAGAGGGAGAGAGAAAGGGAGAGGGAGAGAGAAAGGGAAAGGGAGAGGGAGAGGGAGAGGGACCGAGAGAGAGAGAGGGAGAGAGAACGAGAGAGAGACAGGGCCUUAGUUCCACUGGCCACGGACUCUCCGAGAUCCCCGGCUGCAGUCCCCAUGGCCACUACCAGCUCUGCGACUACUCCAGCGCAGAGCUCGGUGCCCCCUAGCAGUGUGGAGGACUUCAGCACCAUCACAGAGGAAGAGGAGGAGGAGGAGGAGCCGGAUGUGUUCAUCCCCGUGGGUCCAGCAGAGCCAGUCCCCACCAGCCGAAUCGAGUCCACCGCAGCGAUCGCCACUUCCACCACACCUGCCCCGACACCCACCCCAGCCACCACCACAAGUACCCCAGCACCCUCUACAGCCCCCACCACUACCCCCACCACUGCGAAAGCCAGAGCCACUCCUCCCACCGCUGACCCGCUGCGGCCACGCGCCCCGAAGACCACGCCCAGCCCGGCCGCGCCCACGGAGACCAGCACGCGUCUGCAGAUGACGUCCACGGUGCAGCCUCGUACCUCGGAAGAGGGGCUCAACAAUGAGGUGGCUGGUCCCAGCGGAGACUUUGAGAUCCGGGAGGAGGAUGCUCGCACAGUCAAUGAGGUGGGGCGAGGGGGCAAGGGCAUGGUCGACACGGGGGCGGAGCCAGAUCUGAUUGGCAACACGGUGGAUACAGGGAGCUCUGCUGCCCAACUGCCCCAGAAGAACAUCCUGGAGAGGAAGGAGGUGCUGAUAGCGGUGAUAGUCGGGGGCGUAGUGGGAGCGCUCUUCGCUGCCUUCCUGGUCAUGCUCCUGGUUUAUCGCAUGAAGAAGAAGGACGAGGGGAGCUACACUCUGGAGGAACCCAAGCAGGCCACCGUCACCUAUCAGAAACCCGACAAGCAGGAGGAAUUCUAUGCAUAACGCACGCGGACCCCCCACCCCCCACCUCCAUCUC